AUGGACGUGUGGGGCCCAGCCCGCGUCCGUGGACAGGGUGCUGCUGGUGCUGCUGGAGGUACUGGAGCUGCUGGUGCUGCUGUGGGUACAGGAGCUGCUGAGCCUGGAGGUGCUCCUGGCACUGGAGCUGCUGGUGGUGCUGGAGCUGGCGGUCCUGCUGGUGUUGGUACUGGCGGUGCUGCUGGUGCUGGUGCUUCUGAGGGUGCUGGAGUAGGCGCUGCUGGAGCCGGAGGUGCUGCUGGUGUUGGAGCUGGCGGUGCUGCUGGCGCUGGUGCUUCUGAGGGUGCUGGAGUUGGCGCUGCUGGAGCUGGAGGUGCUGCGGGCGCUGGUGCUGCCGCUGGGGGUCCUGGUGUUGUCCCUGCUGUUUCUGGAGUCGCUGCGCGGCCGCGGCCGUACUUCGUUCCGCUCCUUGAGCAGGUUCUUGGUCUCCCGCCUUCUACUGGUCCUCCUCCUCCCUUAGAGUGUCCACAGCCUGACCAGUUCCAGUCACAGUUACAGCCCGCCUCCCCACUGCCUGCUCCUUCUCCCUACACUGGUCCUACUGGAGGUCUUGCUGAGCGUCGUGCGCCUGCGUCUCGUCCUGCGUCGCCUGUUCGUACUGCUCGCACUAGUCGUCGUGUUCCGCGUCAGCGUCCUCCUGCGGUCCCGGGCACGCACCAGAUGGCACUGCGUCCUUCCACUGCUCCGCAGCGUGUCCCUUUGCCGUCUCCUCCUGAGUCCUCUCUUCCUGCUCUUGCUGACCCGGAGUCGGACUCUCUUCGUGCUGCCAGUCCUACUGUCACGCGUCUCCUGGCUACUGUUGUCACUUACCCUUCCUUUGAGUCCACUGCUGCGUCUGCCUUAGUUGCUGAGUUGGUCGACUUCGCUGCUCACUGUCGUCUAGACUACGCUGCUAGUCUUGUUGCUGAGUCUGAGUCUGGAGACCCGGAUGCACCAGACAUCCCGACUCCUCGAUCGUACGCUGAGGCGAUCGAGGGUCCCUACUCCUCACAGUGGCAGUCAGCCAUGGACGCAGAGAUGGCUUCCUGGAAUUCCACAGGCACCUACGUCGACGAGGUUCCCCCACCUGGGGCGAACAUCGUCAGUGGCAUGUGGAUUUUCAGGGUGAAGCGGCCGCCGGGUUCUCCGCCUGUCUUCAAGGCGCGUUACGUGGCUCGAGGCUUCAGUCAGCGGCAGGGAGUUGACUACUUUCAGACCUUCUCUCCCACCCCGAAGAUGACCACUCUUCGGGUGCUGCUGCACAUAGCCGCUCAGCGCGACUACGAGCUUCACUCUCUUGACUUCAGCACAGCUUUCUUGCAGGGCAGCCUGCACGAGGAGAUCUGGCUGCGCCGCCCACCUGGCUUCACUGGGUCGUUCCCCCCUGGUACCCAGUGGAGCCUCCGGAGGCCAGUCUACGGUCUCCGCCAGGCGCCCCUUGAGUGGCACGACACACUGAGGACUACACUUGCGGCUCUUGGGUUUGCUCCUUCUACUGCCGACCCGUCGCUGUUUCUGCGCACCGACACCUCUUUGCCGCCGUUCUACAUCCUCGUGUACGUCGACGACUUGGUCUUUGCCACUGCUGACACUGCUGGACUCGCCCACGUGAAGUCCGAGCUGCAGAAGAGACACACGUGCACAGACUUGGGUGAACUGCGCAGCUACCUUGGCUUGCAGAUCACCCGGGACAGAGCACAGCGCACCAUCACCCUGACUCAGUCACACAUGGUGCAGCAGGUCCUUCAGCGCUUCGACUUCACGUACUCCUCGCCUCAGGCCACUCCUCUGUCUACUCGCCACUCGCUCUCAGCUCUGCCUUCGGAUGAGUCCGUAGAGCCGAGUGGCCCGUACCCAGAGCUUGUUGGCUGCCUCAUGUACCUGAUGACCUGCACUCGACCUGACCUUGCAUACCCUCUUAGCAUCUUGGCACGCUAUGUUGCUCCUGGGAGACACCGACCAGAGCACAUGGCUGCAGCGAAGAGGGUGUUGCGCUACUUGUGCAGUACGUCGGGCACGGGGCUAGUGCUUGGAGGGCGGCGUUCAGUGGUCCUCACAGGUCACGCAGACGCUUCUUGGGCUGACGACCAGGCUACGCAGCAGUCGUCACAGGGUUACACCUUCAGCCUUGGUUCUGGCUCUGUUUCGUGGCGGUCUACCCGCUCGUCUUCUGUUCUCGGCUCCAGCUGUGAGGCUGAGAUCUACGCGGGGGCCAUGGCUGCACAGGAGCUACGCUGGCUCACCUACCUGCUGACUGACCUAGGAGAGCCGCCUCGUUCUCCUCCAGUUCUGUACGUAGACAACAAGGCCAUGUUGGCCUUGUGUCGGGAGCACAGACUGGAGCACAGAACGAAGCACAUUGCUCUUCGCUACUUCCUUGCUCGUGAGCUACAGCAGCGUGGUCAGCUACGCCUUGCUUGCGUGGCCUCUCAGGCCAACACUGCUGAUAUCUUUACCAAGGCACUUCAGCCUUGUGAUCAUCAGCGCUUUUGUACGAUGCUAGGUCUUGUGCCUACUUGGCCUCACUUGCUUACUUCUUGA